CCCUAAAAAAUACACCCAACUAAAAGAAGAAAAAAACGACAGGAAUCGUUUUGCUAAAAAAAGGGAAUUUUUCAUAAUACUCCGCCACAACGAACAAAAUGCUGAAUAUUGAACCAAACAAUAAUAGAUCACAAAAACUCAUGUUACAACUAAAUACUAAUACAGCUCAAUAUCUACAAAAGAAGAAAAAAUCACAAAACUUAAAACAACGAAUAUUUCUAGUCUUAAAAAAUACUGCUAACAGCAAACAACAGCAUAUUAAUGAAUAUUAAUCAGGAGAAGCAACAUCAUCAACAGCAUCAACAUCACCAACACCACCAGCAACAGUACACCAACGGAAUCCAGCAGCGACACACUAACGCUAGCAAUACAGCACAACAUUUAUCAUCGACACAAAACCCUACAACAGCCGCAAGUUUAACGUUACCACCACCCUUGCACACAUUGCCUGAGUUAGACUUGGAGUAUUUGAAAAAAGCACAUGCGCAUGCACAAGCAACUUUUGCCUACAGCUACGAACGUCAGCAACAACAACAGCUUCAGCAGCAACAACAAUUAGCCAGACGCACGAACUUGGAACACGAAUAUAUUGGCAAGUGUAGCAACGCCUACAAUAUACACAACUUACCCGUCGUUACCAAUAGCUCAGUUUCAUCUAUGGUAAUGUCACCAAGUAGGCGUCCAUCGCCACCUCGAGCUGCAGCACAUCCCAUGAAUAUGCAUCUUAGUGCUAUGGCUCAUGCACAAAUGCAGUUUCAAUUGCAACAAAAACUUUCAGCCGCGGCAGCAGCUGCUGGUAACACAGGUCAUGCAACACAUGCAGGUCUUGCGCCACCAGGCCAUUUAAGUAAUUAUUUUCGUAAUCCUGCCUCGCCUGCGGGAGGUAGCGGUGUCAGUUCGACUUCAUCUGGCAUGACAGGUUCACAUACAACGCUUAGUUCUAGUGCUUCCAAUAACUCAUCAUCCUCAUCCUCGAAUACCCAAACAUCACCCGCCUCGGCAGCUCAUAAUCCUUUAAGUCAUUUGCAGAAUAUGCAGCCGUUUGAUUUUCGUAAGAUAAAUUCUGCAGCCUUGGGUGCAUUUCCGGGUCUUCCACCACCAGCACGCCUAAGUCCCAGCGAAUUGGUUCAUCAACAACAUUUGCAACAGCAAGCCGCCCAACAAGCUGCUAUGUUGGCUCAAGCUAGGAGACGUAUAAAUGAGGCUACCACUCCCUCGGAGAAGAAUGCAGCUGUUGCCGCUGCCGCAGCAGCUGCUGCUCAAAGCAAUCAGUUCUUUAACGCUAUGGCUAUGUCGGGUCAUCCUUUGCCCUUUCAUUUGCCUCCUCCGCCGCCCAUGCCUCACUUACACCCACCUUCUCCCAGUUCCUCUGCUAAUAGCUCAACUGGCACAGGUUUGCCGGCAGGUUUGACCAGCAACCAAGUGGCUGCUAUAGCUGCUGCAGCCGCAGCUUCCGGUAAUCCUAUGCCCCACGGUCUUCUCUCAACACAUUUUCCCGGUUUAAACCCUUCACUAGGUAUGGGAAAACCUCUAAUACGUUCAAAAUCACCCGAAAUGGAUAAACCAAAAAGUUCCGAUAUAAAUCAUUUACGUGAAUCCUCCACCUCACGGCGCACACCGCCAGUCCGUAGUGUUUCACAAUCAUCACUAUCUACAUCCUCAGUCACGCAGUCAUCUUCCUCAGUUACAAACUCCUCGAGCAAUUACCAAAGUCAAAGAGAUCUUAGGGAAUCGACUAGUAGUCAAAGAAACUCCAUGCAACAUGAUUCUUCCUCUACGCACAGUCAAAGACUUUCACGAAUAUCUUCUACUUCUGGUCUAAGAUCCAGUCGAAAGACACAUUCGCCCGGUAAAAGACAAUGGGGUUCGCUGCCUGCCAAUUUAGGUACUCAGUUUAUAAAUCCCGUUACGGGCAAGAAGAGAGUGCAAUGUAAUGUUUGUCUGAAAACAUUUUGUGAUAAGGGAGCCUUGAAAAUACAUUUCUCUGCGGUACAUUUAAGAGAAAUGCAUAAAUGUACGGUUGAUGGCUGCAAUAUGAUGUUUAGUUCUAGGAGGUCACGUAACCGCCACAGUGCAAAUCCCAAUCCAAAAUUGCAUUCACCCCACCUACGACGGAAAAUAUCUCCCCACGAUGGUCGCAGUGCUCAACCACAUCCCCUAUUGCUGCAGCCACCCAAUGGCUUAAUGGCUGGUUUAAAUCCCUUCGGUAGUUUCCCUAUGUUAACACCACCUCCAGAUAUGAGACACCAUCCUAUGGGUUCUCUAGGAGAUCCCAAACAUAACUCGGAAUACAUGCAACGAGCUUACAUGGACAACGCCUUAAUGCAUCGUUAUGAGGGUAGACAAAUGUCUGGAGCAGAAGUAAUGGGUGAUGACGAGGAAGAUGAUGAUGGUAUGGAUGGUGGUAUUCAUAUAGGCGACAUUGAUGACGAUGAUGAUGACGACGAUGGUGAAGGCAUUGUGGUGGUAGGCGACGAGGGUGACAGUAUGCUAGAUAAAACAAAUUCCGAAGAUUUCAGUAUUGAAGACAAUGCCGCAGAGGAAACCACUUCCACCUUAGGAGAUAAUAGCCGAGAUCAUUUCGAUAGAUCUACAGAUACCAAAACUCCUGUUGAUUAUUAUAAAACCAAAGAGAAACCCUUAGACCCGCUUAGAAAAGAGGACAUGGAAGACGAUGGUCGUAGCACUGCAGAACGCCACAGUACUGAGAGUAAUGAUGACACUCUUAGUGUAACAGAUUCCUGUAGUUUGCGUGAGGAUUAUGAAAGUUCUUCCAAUGCUUUAUCUCUACAGAACUCUGCCAAUGGAAGUGGUUAUCCUAUGAGUUCAUCGAGUAAACGCAAACGUAAAAAUCAAAAUCCUGUACGUUGCGCUAUACAAUCAAAUGAAAACUCCUGUGAUAAUUCCAAUGAUUACGAUAUGGCAAAUGAUUUGUCGGUCAAGUGCAAAGCAAGAGAACAGGACUCAGUUAAAGAUGAGGCUAACGAGGAGACUAUGUCUUUGGAUUUAACGAAACGAACUAGAAAAUCUGAAGAGCAUACAAAUGAGGGAGCUAAAGUGCUGCCUUCACCGCCUUUAACACCUAGUACUGGAACUAGUGAAACAGCUAGACAUAGCUUAUUGGCUAGUACCCCAGUAAAAUUGGAGCCCCGAGAAUCAGAAGAAGAGCAAAAGCAUAUGGAAAGUCCAAGGCCAACUGGUUCACCACAUGCUGAAGAGCAACAGGAGCACUCUUUAGAUUUAUCCUCCACACAAAAGCAUGAUUUAAAAGAAGUUGCACAAUUCAAAGAAAACGGCUUAGCAACUGGUCUUUUAAUGCCCGUUAUCAAGGAAGAGCCCAAAGAAGAUUUAUGUUCAUCACCUACAACUAAUUUUAACAAUUCCCCCGAAGAACCCGAAGAAGAAAAUCGUUACUUAAGAAUCAAAAAGGAAUUAAUGGAAGAUAAUUUUAAAAUAAACAUAUCAGCAGAAGAUAACAAUAACCUGCCCGAAAAUCUAACCACCAAAACCUGCUCUCAAUCGGAGCAACCAAAAGCACUUUCAACAAUCACGGAGGAACAAAAUGGCACCGAGUGUAUAGUAGAGGAGGCAGAAGUUCCCAUCGAUAAAGACAAUCCUUUAAAAUGUACCGCUUGUGGGGAAGUUUUCCAAAAUCAUUUUCAUCUCAAGACCCACUAUCAAAAUGAACAUUUAAAAUUGCAUCAUAAAUGCAAUAUUGAUGGUUGCAAUGCCGCCUUUCCUUCAAAGAGAAGUCGUGAUAGACAUAGUUCGAAUUUGAAUUUACAUCGCAAGUUAUUGUCCACCAGCGACAAUCAUAAUUUGGAUCCCUUACCAGAGCCCAUGAGUUUGAAUAAUAACAAAAAUUUCCCUUCCUCACCGACCAGUAAUAUAUCAACUACAUUGCAAGCGGAGUUUUUGGCAAGAUUAUAUGCUGGUGCCCAUGGUUUACCACCCAUUAAUUUUGAGGCUCUUAAACAACAUUUUCCUACCACGCCCACCACACUACCAGGAUUUCCUGAUGCAGCAACAGCAGCCUUUAUGAGUGAUCCUAGAUUCUUAAUGCAACAUGGUGGUAAUCCUCUACUGUUUUCCGGCCUACCAGGACUGCCAGGUUUUCCACACCUAUCUCCCCACCUACUGGCUGCAUCCUCCUUUAACGGUCUUAAUCCCUUCUGCAGAAGACCUUCAUCAGAGUCACAUUCACCACAUUCGGUCACACCACCAGUCGCCACACCACGUUCUCCUCUCAUAGGUAAUCAAAAAUCUUCCACAAUGUUUUCAUCGAAUGAAUUAGAUUUAAGAAAUAAUUCUUCAUCUCCCGUAAGUGUAAAUGAAACAACCUCUCAACAUCAUCCCCAUCAUCACACACAACACACGCAUCAUCAGCCUCAACAUUUGUAUGGUGCUGGUGGUAAUGCAAUUGUUGGUAAUAGCAGUAGUUCCUCUCAACAUCAACUCCAUCAGCAACAGCAGCAACAACAACAUCAUCAUCAUCCAUCUCAUACUCCAGAUCGUAUAUCAUGACCCUCUUUGUCCGCAUCUCAUUAUCCACCCCAUAUGCAUUAUUCCGAAUUAAUGGCAUAUAGACAGUAAGUGAAAGAAUCAAAGAAUGAAAUAAGUAAAAAAGUUUAAAUUAUAGAUAUUUUAUCAUACAAGUAAGGUGCAAUAAAUAUAUAUUACACAGAAGUUUAAAAGAGUUAAUUCUUAGAUGAAAUCAACAAUUUCUUUACAGCUUAUUGGUUGUUAAUAGUUUAAAGGUGUAGUUUUGGUAUCAGUUUUGCUAUUUUCGUAAACUUUUCUAUGGAACUUUGAGAAAUUAGAGUCUGACUAUUAUGACACUUGUCAUCAAACAAUCGAAUCUUAUCGGAUGAUAUAAGUAAAUCGAAAUAUAUUAAAAUUUUUUAAAGGUGCUUCCUAUCUACUGAUUUAAGUCAAGCUUAGGAUCCUUUCUAUAGGCUAGCAUAUAUAGUAUUUCCUACAGUUCUGUCUAUAGUCUAGCCUGUAGUCCUAUUUACAAUCUAGCCUAUAUUCCCAUCGAUAAUCGCGUCUGAUAUCUUAUCUAUAGUCUAGCCUAUAGUCCUCUAUAUCGUCUUGCUUAUAGUACUGAGUAUAGUCAGCCAAUAGUAUUUUCUAUAGUUUAGCAUUUACUCCUGUUAACAGUCUAUAAUAAUUUUGUCUAUAGUCUAGAUGAUAGUGCUGUCUAUAGACCAGACGAUCCUGUCAAUAAUUCGGAAUAUAGUAUAACGUAUAGUCCAAAAAUAGGAUACAGUUUUGCAUAUAGCCUAUACAUAUUAUUGCCUAGAAUUUACUACAUUCUGUUUAUAGUCUAGAUUACAGUCCUAACUAUAGUUUCGCUUAUAGAUUUGUCUAUGGUCUAGCCUAUGUUACUGUCUAUAGUAUUUUCUAUUGUAUAGCCUAUAGUUCAGUCUAUAGUGAUUUAUAUAGUCUAGCCUGUGGUAUAGUCUAUAUUACUCUAAGUAGACUUGCCUACAGUAUUUUCUAUAGCCUAACCUAUAGUCAAGCAUUUAGUCCUGUUUAUAAUUCUAACUCAACACCUGUCUAUACACUUGUCUACAGUCUGGGCUACAAUCCUUUCAAUAUUCUGGCCAAUAGUUCUGUCUAUAGUACUGUUUAUAAACAAUAGUUUCAGCUAAAAUUUUUGAAAAUCUAACUAAAAAAACUUAUUGUUUUUGUUUAACUUUAAUCGACUUCUGUGUAAAAAAAUAAAUAUAAAUAAAAUAAUAUAAAUGAAAUAAAUCAGCUCACGUAAAUUCUAUUACAUCAAAAUAGUAUUAUAAAAAAUUUAAAAAUAACAAAAAAAAAAAAAAAUUAUGGAUAAAAUUCAUAAAAUUAUUAAAAAUUAAAAAAUAAUAAAAAAAAUAAAUAAAUCAUAUUCAUUAAAAAAAUGUUAGAAAAACACAAAAAAUACUCAAAAAAUAAUUAUU